AAAUCUCCCAAGCAAUUAACGGGAGGAGAUGUAGAGAGAGAAAGAGAUAGAGUCGUCGUCGCCGCAGGAGAGAGAUGGGGGUAGAGAGAGAAACAAAGGUGGUAAAUGUGAGCCACCCUCUUUGUAUCCCUCGCCAACUUCUUCUCGUACCAACUUCUUUUUCCUCACCCCACCACCCCUCCCCUCCUCCGCGCGGCGGCUCCUAGCCGCUCUCCGCUGCCGCCCGCCGCCGAAGUGCAAUGCGAUUGGAUACUAUGUGGAAAAUUGGUCUACUGUCACCAUUGUUGGUCAUUUGUCAUCCUUCGGGUCUUCAUUUGGUGAGUAUGGUUAGCUUGAGGAGACGUCGAUUAUUGGGGCUUUGUUCUGCUUUUGUUUCAGGGAAGGAUUCAGUACCAGUUGAUCUUCCUAAGCCUAUUGAGAGUGAAAAACAUGUGGAAGUUGCACAGUCCAAUGUGAAGCCAUUCAGUGUGCACCCACUGCCCUUGACAAAGACUUCCAAUGUGCUCACAGAAUCCUUAGAUGGUCCUGACUCUUUGAAGGAAGAGCAAACCCAAUACUAUCCAGCUGGUCAGAACAUUCUGCAUUCUUUCCUUCUGACUUCAGGCAAGGAAAUCAAGCGCAGAAAGCGACAUCGAAGAAAGCAGUAUGUAGACCAAGAGCCAUGCAUUAUGAGGGGGGUCUAUUUCAAAAACAUGAAAUGGCAGGCUGCAAUAAAAGUUGACAAGAAACAGAUUCACUUGGGUACUGUUGGGACACAGGAUGAAGCAGCCCGGCUUUAUGAUAGGGCUGCUUUUAUGUGUGGAAGGGAGCCAAACUUUGAGCUUUCUGAGGAAGAGAAGCAAGAACUGCAGAAGUACACCUGGGAAGACUUCUUGGCAGUGACUCGCAAUACCAUAACCAGCAAAAAACAAAGGAAGGUCGGGUUGCAUAGGCGUAGCAAGGCGGACUUGUUCAUGGGACAGAGUGAUGGUGAUACGGAGAUGGUUAAUGGUGGUGGCUCUUCAAAUUCUGAUAAUGGAGAUGUUGAAACUUUGGCAUCUUAGAUCGCUCCCAGAGGUCGUGGCAACCCUAGAGGAGUCCCCCAAUGCAUUCAUAUCGAUCAAGAUGUGAUCUCCGUUUAGGAUUUUGUUCUCUCAAUAAUUAAUUUCCUGUGCAUAAGGCCUCUGUUGGUCUGAUAAAAUGUUAGAGAAAUCAUGCCAUCUCAAAUAAAAGUUGGAGGUGGUCCAUUAUAGGAGCAAUUUAUCUGAACAAUCAUGUAUACUGGUUCCAAAAUUGUGUAUAUCUACCGAUAGUUUCACCGAGAAUAUUUUACCAACAUGUAAUAGUUUACCACAUCAUUUAUCCAAAAGAAAUAUUUUCCUUUC